GAAAAUAGUAUUCAAAAAUCUGUAAAUAAAAAGCUUUGGUUUACCAAAUCUAUAAGUUUUGCAAAACAAGCUAUUACACUACAGGAUAAUGAUAAGAAUGAUAAUGAAUUAGAUACUUUUUUAAAAAGUUAUAUUGGCAAGAAGAUGCUUCAAUGUGAAAAAGAAACUAAAAAAAGAGAAUUGCAAGUUCUUAGAAAAAGUCAUAGUUUGGAAAAUGCUUUAGCUAUAGAAACUGAAAAUGAAUAA